AAUGGGGAUUUUAAUGCGUCCACCGUGCCCGUGCGGGCACUCAUUAUAAAAAUGGAAUUGCCCUUCGACAGCAACAGCUCGCCCGUUUACGAGCUCGUAAUGGUCGUGCAAUUCUUUCAGCUGUUGUCGAACGCCUGCGCUAUCGACGUGCUGAACGCUUUAAUCUUGACGUUGAUACUUCACGUCGGCGGUCAGAUCGAUAUCUUGCGAGAGUGGUUAACGAACGUUUUCUCCAAAGACAACAUAUAUGGUAUGACAGAAAUCACAAUGAAGAAUGUCAUUGGGAAACAUCAGAAAAUCAUUAUGUUCUCCGAGAGUGUCGAGAGUCUCUAUUCUUACAUCGCGCUGAUGCAAUUUGUGUCGAACACUUUGAUUAUUUGCUCCAUAGGCUUUGUCAUUGCCUCUUCAUUGGGCAGCCCAGAUAUUGCCACGAUACUGGUAAAGACCCUGCUGUUCUACAUCGUCAUGAAUCUCGAAGCGUUCAUAUUCUGCUUCGCCGGGGAAUACUUGAGCACUAAGAGCCUGUACAUCGCAGACGCGGCUUACGAGUCCCUCUGGUACGACAUGUGUGUGAACGAGAGCCGGCCGAUUACGUUCUUGAUACUGAGAUCCCAAAAGCGAUUAACGAUCACAAUUGGAAAGGUCAUGGAUCUCUCACUGGGACGUUUCGCUAGCAUCGUAAAAGCCUCGGCAUCCUACGUGUCGGUGCUGCUGGCUAUGUCCUGA